AUGGAUAUCGGUGACCCAAACAAUAUAUGUGAACAUUGCAAUGCAAUCUAUUGGUAUGAGGAGCGUGUUAAUAAGGCAGUGCGUAGCGGAACAACUAAAUAUUCAACGUGCUGUGGUCAUGGGAAGAUCAAAUUGCCAAAGAUGGUGCCACCUCCAAAAAGGAUUUUCAACUUAUUCUUUGCAAGAGGAAAGAAACGGAAUGAAUUUCUAAAGCACAUAAGAAGCUUCAAUAACAUGUUUUCUUUUACAUCCUUGGGGGCUAAGGUUGAUAAAUCAAUCAACCUUGGAAAUUGCCCACCAAUAUUUAGGAUAAAUGGGCAAAAUUAUCAUUUGAUGGGAGGAUUAAUGCCCGAUCCUGGAAAGAGUCCAAAGUUUGCUCAAUUAUACAUCCAUGAUACAGAGAACGAAGUAGAGAACCGCAUAAAUGCAUUCAGUGGUGCUGACCCCAAUGACCAAACGCAUGUUGAUAUAGUUCAAGAUAUCAAGCAAGAUCUAGAUGAGCACAAUGUGUUGGUGCAAUCAUUUCGUUGGGCAAAAAAUCAGAUUGACAACAAUCCAGAAGUUAAUUUUAGGAUGAGGUUGAUUGGUAAGCGUCAAAGUGAUGCAAGGACGUACAAUCUACCCACUGUUUCAGAGGUGGCUGCUUUAAUUGUUGGCGAUCUAGACCACACACUCGGGCAACGGGACAUAAUAGUGGAGACCAAGGCUGGAUCACUCAAGAGGAUAAACGAGCUCAACCCAGCGUUUUUGGAUGCCACGGCAGAACGAGGUGAUCGAAGGUCAUAUACCGAAAUUGUAAACAAAACCACACAGCACAACAGCGCCGGACCGUUGCUGAAUCAUGUUACAGCAUCACUUGACCUGACAAUGACGGAUGUCACGCACGUUCACUGCGGUGUCACCCAUGUCAAUCAUGGAAUUGAAGACAAUUUAGUUGUUAGAAAUCUAGCUCAAGAGUUCCAACAAGUAGACAACAAUCAUGAACAAAUGUCAAGCCCGUGCAUUACUGUGCAAUGCGGUGACACCCAUGUCAAUCAUGGAAUGGAAGACAAUUUAGUUGUUCGAAAUCUAGCGCAAGAGUUCCAACAAGUAGACAACAAUCAUGAACAAAUGUCAAACCCGUGCAUUAUUGUGCAAUGCGGUGACACCCAUGUCAAUCAUGGAAUGGAAGACAAUUUAGUUGUUCGAAAUCUAGCGCAAGAGUUCCAACAAGUAGACAACAAUCAUGAACAAAUGUCAAACCCGUGCAUUAUUGUUGCAUACAUGGAUAUCGGUGACCCAAACAAUAUAUGUGAACAUUGCAAUGCAAUCUAUUGGUAUGAGGAGCGUGUUAAUAAGGCAGUGCGUAGCGGAACAACUAAAUAUUCAACGUGCUGUGGUCAUGGGAAGAUCAAAUUGCCAAAGAUGGUGCCACCUCCAAAAAGGAUUUUCAACUUAUUCUUUGCAAGAGGAAAGAAACGGAAUGAAUUUCUAAAGCACAUAAGAAGCUUCAAUAACAUGUUUUCUUUUACAUCCUUGGGGGCUAAGGUUGAUAAAUCAAUCAACCUUGGAAAUUGCCCACCAAUAUUUAGGAUAAAUGGGCAAAAUUAUCAUUUGAUGGGAGGAUUAAUGCCCGAUCCUGGAAAGAGUCCAAAGUUUGCUCAAUUAUACAUCCAUGAUACAGAGAACGAAGUAGAGAACCGCAUAAAUGCAUUCAGUGGUGCUGACCCCAAUGACCAAACGCAUGUUGAUAUAGUUCAAGAUAUCAAGCAAGAUCUAGAUGAGCACAAUGUGUUGGUGCAAUCAUUUCGUUGGGCAAAAAAUCAGAUUGACAACAAUCCAGAAGUUAAUUUUAGGAUGAGGUUGAUUGGUAAGCGUCAAAGUGAUGCAAGGACGUACAAUCUACCCACUGUUUCAGAGGUGGCUGCUUUAAUUGUUGGCGAUCUAGACCACACACUCGGGCAACGGGACAUAAUAGUGGAGACCAAGGCUGGAUCACUCAAGAGGAUAAACGAGCUCAACCCAGCGUAUUUGCCAUUGCAAUAUCCCCUUUUAUUCCCUUUAGGCGAAGAUGGCUAUCGAGAAGACAUACAAUACUGCACAGCAUCCAAUAAACCAACCGCUGCUAGGGUUCGGGUAUCGCAGCGUGAAUACUUUGCAUACAAGAUACAUGACAGGUUCGGUGAACUGUCUUUGCUGUCAUACGCCAAGCGAUUAUUCCAACAAUUCUUGGUCGAUGCAUACACGAUGGUAGAGUCGGGCAGACUACAGUACAUAAGAAAUAAUCAGAAGGCAUUGCGGUGUGAAGCAUACAAGGGGUUGUCUGACGCGUUAACAAGGGGAGAGGUUGAUACAAACAAGCAAGGUAAGCGAAUCAUCUUACCGUCGACAUUCACUGGCGGUGCCCGAUAUAUGAUUCAGAAUUAUCAGGAUGCGAUGGCCAUAUGCAGACAUAAGGGGUAUCCAAACUUAUUUAUAACCUUCACAUGCAACCCAAAGUGGCCUGAGAUCCAAAGAUAUAUGGACAAAUGCAACCUCAACGCAGAAGACAGACCAGACAUUGUAUCUAGGGUCUUCAAGAUUAAGUUAGAUGCUUUAGUCAAAGAGAUACGCACUGGCAAGCUAUUUGUGAUUUAUACUAUCGAAUUCCAAAAACGUGGAUUACCACACGCUCACAUUCUCAUAUUCCUCCAAAGGUUGUCAGAAGGAUUUUCAGCUAAUCAGAUGGACCAGAUCAUAUUCGCUGAAAUACCCAACAAGGAACUAGACAGUGAGUAUUAUAAAGCUGUUGGGGAAUUCAUGAUGCACGGCCCAUGUGGACACGAAAGGCCUAAAUCUCCAUGCAUGGUCAAUCAAAAGUGCUCUAAACAUUUCCCUAAGAAGUUUGUUGAGGUAUCCACAUUGGACGAGGACGGUUACCCUAUCUACAGGCGUCGUGAAAAUGGUGCAACAGUUGAGAAAAAUGGGGUUCAGUUGGACAGCAGGUAUUGUGUCCCGCAUAACAGGUACUUACUGUUGAAGUAUAAGGCGCAUAUUAACGUAGAAUGGUGCAACCAAUCAAGAUCAAUAAAGUAUUUGUUCAAAUAUGUCAACAAAGGGAAUGACAGGGUUACUGCUGAAUUCUACAAGACCACAACUGAUGCCAACGAGAAUGCAACUGUGGAUGAAAUUACCAUGUAUUACGACUGCCGGUACGUGUCCGCUUGCGAGGCAGCAUGGCGUUUGUUGUCCUUCGAUGUACAACUAAGGCACCCGCCCGUUGAGAGGUUAAGCUUCCACUUGCCAGAUUGCCAAACAGUUGUGUUUGAGGAUGAUGAUAGGAUCGAGAAUGUUUUAAAUAGGCCGACUGUCAGUCACAGCAUGUUCACCGCAUGGUUUAACGCAAACAAGAAAUAUGUUGAGGCUAAAGAGUUGGCUUAUAUCGACAUGCCAAACAAAUUUGUAUGGAAGAAAGAUAUUAGGGAAUGGCAUCCUAGGAAGAGGGGGUUCGCUAUUGGACGCAUAUUUUUUGUACCUCCCGGCAGCGGUGAAGUCUACUACUUGCGAUGUCUUUUAAACGUAGUUCGUGGCCCAACGAGUUUUGAAGACAUCAAGACAGUUCAAGGUGUUGUAUACCCAACCUUUAGAGAUGCAUGCUAUGCUAGAGGGAUGCUAGACGAUGAUAGAGAAUAUAUUGAUGCAAUUAAUGAAGCAAGUCAUUGGUCAACUGCCAAUUCUAUGAGAAAAUUAUUUGUCAUUUUACUGACGGCAAACUUGGUGAAUCGGCCAGAGAAUGUCUGGAAUCACGUCUGGCACCAUCUAUGUGAGGAUGUGCAAUUUAACAAGAGGAAAAUGUUGAAAGAUAUGGAUUUGUGUUUGUCUGAUGAUGAGAAGAAGAACUUAGGACUUCUUGAAUUAGAUAGGUUGUUGCAGAUGUACAACAAGUGUUUGAAAGAUUACCCUGAUAUGCCAAUCCCAAAUUACGAUGAUUCUUUAUUCUCGAACAAUCGAUUGUUGUUUGACGAGCUCAACUAUGACCGACAGGCAAUGACAGAAGAGUAUGAGACGAUGGAAAAACAAUUAACUGAUGAGCAGUUAGUUGUUUACGAAACUGUUCUGAGUGAUAUACAACAUCAGAAAGGGGGGCUCUUCUUUGUAUAUGGUUAUGGAGGUACAGGAAAAACAUUUGUCUGGAAAGCGUUGUCUUCGAAGCUACGUUCUACUGGGGAUAUUGUGCUAAAUGUUGCUUCGAGUGGGAUCGCCUCAUUGCUCUUGCCAGGAGGUCGAACAGCUCACUCAAGGUUCGCUAUUCCAAUAGCAAUUAAUGAGGAUUCAACUUGCAAUAUAUGCCAAGGGAGUCAACUGGCGGAAUUGUUAAUCCAAGCCAAGCUAAUCAUAUGGGAUGAAGAUAAGACAUUCGGAGGCAAGACUGUUGUGCUAGGCGGUGACUUCCGGCAAAUAUUGCCUGUCAUUCCUAAAGGUUCGAGGCAAGAUAUUGUUUCAGCUGCAAUAAACUCAUCUUACCUUUGGGAUUCUUGCAAAGUCCUUCGACUAACCACAAAUUUGCGUCUUAGGACACUUGAUGAUUCAGCCAGAAAGGAACACAUUGAAUGA